UUUAUGUGGCUGCGUCUGUAAUUUUGCCACCCAGAAAAUACUCACCUUUUUAUAACUGAACGACACAGUUGGCUUCUUCCGUUCAGCCUCCCAUCUUUCCUUCGAUUCCUCUUCUCAGACGAUGGUGAAAAUCCAGAAACCCAAAAAACAAAAACUCAGCAAUAAAAAAAUUAAAAAAACCAUCAAAAAAAAAAAAAACAAACCCGACAAUUCCGAAAAACCAACAGUCCCCGAAUCUGAACCCGGAUCCUCCGACUCCGACUUGGAAACGGAAACCCUUUCCGAGCUCUUGGAACACUACACCAGAGACCAGCUCAUCAAUCUCAUCUCCGCGGUCGCACUCGAAAACUCCUCGUUCCUCUCUUUUGUCCGCCGCUACGCCGGUAGCGACGCCGCUAAUCGAAAACUUUUCGUCCAUAACCUUGCGUGGGAGACCACACGUGAGUCCCUUGCGUCGGCCUUCGAACCGUUCGGUGAGAUCGAGGAUUGCAACGUCAUCGUCGAUAAAGCCACCGGCAAAUGCAAAGGUUACGGGUUCGUUCUCUUCAAGGAACGAAAAUCGGCUUCCAAGGCGUUGAAAGAGCCGAAAAAGAAAAUCAAUUACCGAAUAACGUCAUGCCAGUUGGCAUCCGUGGGCCCCAUCUCGGCUGCAAAGGAUUCAGACCAGACCCACCAUAAAAACGCGGCCGAUGUGAAGAACAAAAACGUGGCGGAGCCAGCUGUACUUUUUCCGCCACACCCGCAGCAGCAGCAGCAGCCGCAGGCGUUGGUGGCGACGCAGAAUUUCCCAUUGUUGGGCCAUAGUAAUCCAAUUUAUGGGAGCUUAUUAGGGAGCCAAAUUAGUCCGGUGACGCCGCUGGGGGCUACGAGCAAGAUGGCGGUUACCGCUGUGCCGUCGGCGGUGACGAGCCACGUGGGUGUGGUGGGAGGAGCGUUUGGGAGGGAAAAUUCGUCAUUGCUAGGUCAGUACGGGGCAGGUCAAGGGCUACAAUAUUUAUAUCCAAAUACGCAAAUUGAGCAGCAGCCAGGGGCAAGGAGAGGUCAGGCCAAAACUACGACCGGGGCUUUUUCUGGGUAUCCCUCAUACAUUUGAUGAUUUGCAGCUGAGUUUCAAGAUGUUCAUGCACUUUUGGGAAAUGUUUCAUGGUCAUUUGCUAUGGAAAAAUUUGAAGUUUGACAAUGUUUCUUAUGGUUUAGAUUUUCAAACUUUGCUGAGCUCAAAUAGAACUUGGUGGACCAGGACCAUUGCUCUUCUUAUCUUCUUCUUCUUUGUUUUUUUUUCAACUUCUUCUUCUUCUUUAUUUCUCUCUUAAACAUCCAAGUUUGUAAACAAUGGCAACUCUCAGAUUUCCUUUGUUAAAUUUUAAUUUCUUCAUUCUCUGGCAUUA